AUGGACUUCUCAAUGUUGAUAUUUGGUACUAUACUUCUCAUAUGCCUCAUAUGGAAGGGCGGUACUAUGGUCAAAACACAUAGAACAAAUAGUGCUUUAUUUUCAUCAAGCACAAUGUUGUCGAUUGGCAAGCGUCAUCCUAUCUGGGGACAUUUACACCUGAUGCCAGAGUUUUCAGACUACUUGCGACUAGUAGAUAAAGGCGUCAAAGAGACUGGAAAGAAAGUUUCCGGGAUGUGGAUAAUGUUUUUAUAUCCUGUGAUUUCCCUGUGUCAUCCGGAAACAGCUAAGAUCAUUUUGAAAACAACCGAACCAAAACCGGUGCAGACUGGCGGCGGUUACUUCGCAUUUGUACCAUGGUUAGGACAAGGCCUGUUGUUGAACUCGGGAAAGCAGUGGGAGAGAAAUCGACGUCUUCUAACCCCGGCCUUCCAUUAUGACAUUCUAAAAUCAUACGUUCCUACUUUCAACAAAGUAUUCGACACUUUUAUGACCAAACUGGAGAAGGUGUCAUCUGACGGCAAAGGUGUGGAAGUCAGUGAGCCUGUGGGGAUGGCUACCCUGGAUACAGUUCUAAGAUGUGCAUUUUCGUUUGAUGAACAAAUACAGGAGGAAGGUUCGAGUCAUCCUUACGUAACCGCUGUCCGGAAUAUAUUGUUUCUAGCAGGUGUUCGGAUGUUAAAACCUUGGCUGUACCCAGAAAUAUUUUAUCGACUCUCCGCGGAUGGCAAGAAGUAUUUUCAGCAUGUAAAAUAUGUCCAUGAUUUUGAUGAAAUGGUCAUCCAACAAAGAAGAAAAUCCAUGGCGGCCGACCCUUCCCUUAUGACCAAGCGUCGACUGGACUUCCUGGAUAUAUUACUCACCGCCAGAGACGAACAGGGGAUAGGACUGACGGACUUUGAGAUAAGGAACGAAGUCGACACCUUCCUCUUUGGAGGUCAUGAUACUACAGCGGCUGCAAUCAGCUGGACAAUGUAUUUAUGCUCCAAAUAUCCGGACGAACAGCAGAAGGUGUAUGAGGAAGUUCAGAAGGUGAUAGGCGACAAGACACAAGUAGAAUGGUCAGACAUUCAGGAGAUGUCACGACUCUCACUGUUUUUGAAGGAAUCAAUGCGUGUACACUCUCCAGUGAGUGUGAUAGCUAGGAUUACAACCAGGGAACACAUUGUAGAUGGACUGACAAUACCAGCUAACAGUGAAGUGAACAUCCUCAUUGACACAAUCAACCAUCGCGAAGAUGUAUGGACGGAUCCUGAAAAUUUUAGGCGAGACAGAUUUUCCGAAGAGACCACGAGGGACCCUUUCAGUUUCGUUCCGUUUUCAGCGGGUCCAAGAAACUGUAUUGGCCAAAAUUUUGCAAUGAAUGAAAUCAAAGUGGCGAUUGCAAAGAUUAUCAAACGGUUUCAGAUUUUGCCAGAUCUAGAAAACGAGACCAUUCCACGAUCGGAAGCUAUUAUUCACUCCAGAAAUGGCGUUUGGGUAAAACUUGAGCAACGGCAACAAAAUUAAUUUAUUUAAAGCACCUAACUAAAUAAAAAAAAGUAUCAGAAAAAUACAUAUUUCAUGCUAUGGACAAUUGCUUCAGUGGAACCAAAUCGAAAAACGUUAGUUUUGCUUAAGUGAUAUAAACAACGUUUCAAUAUACAUGUGUCACAUAUGAAUGAUGGCCCUUAGACACCUCUGACAAAACUAACUUUUAUUAAGAUAUCUGA